CGAAAAAUUUUACACGCGUCAUUGAAAAUUUAAAGAUAGCACACCUGGGCUAUCUUUUUGGCGAAGAGUGUACGUUGGAGGCUCGUAGAGUGACGGCCAGUGAAAUAAAUGGCAAGUGACAAAUAAGCAAGCUGCUAGCAACCGUCCAGUAGUGUAAUUAAUUAACAAAAUUGAUGGAAAUUUUUAGGCUUUGUGGUCAAGUAGGUAAAGAAAACAACUUUGCCCCACCACUCGCUGUUAACCAGCUACGUCCAUCCAUUUCUUCAAUGGAGUUCGCUCAUUCAGUAGCUUGUCACUUUGUCACAGUAGUUGCCGGAUUCGUUUGCCAAGCGGACCACCUGCUUCACUGAAGUUUGGGGACAAGCGAAAUUUCUCGUUCAACCAACGAUUCGUACACAUCGUCAUAGCAUCAGACGAUUAAUAUUGCAACGAUGAGAAACUCUCCAAAAAUUCAAUGAUUUACUUUCUCUUCUCCAAUCGCUCUAAAUAUAAUUUUGCGAAAAAUUCUUUCGUGAACAUUAGAAACAAAAGACUAACGGAAGAUUAGGUUAAACCUGAGACAAGAUCAGCAACAAGAAUUGCAGAAAAUACGCAACACGGUCCAUGAUACACGAUUUAUACGAAGCAAGAAACAACAAACAACCAAGCGGAACGUUAACGCGAGUAUCAUCGUACGAAGUAACUGUAAGACGCGAGUACGUGAAAAGAAACGGUGAAAUUACUUCGAAUUUAGCGGUCAAACGAUUCGUCGACUGGUAUCAUGGACAAGGUGCUCCUUCCUCUUCGCUAUUCAACCUGUUCACGCGGGCUGUGCUCGCCCGCCUUACCUUGCCACUAGCCUUGCUUAGUGUUGUUUACUCGCGUCGACUGUUCGCCACACCGGGCUUCGUUUCUCCUGCUCGAGAUCGAACGUACAAGCAACCGACCAACUCCCGCAAUUAUCCAGAUUUCGCUCAGAAGGACGAUCUUUCGUUUCGAGAUUAAUCGAACGACCAUCAGCAGACGAUCGCUUCUUGGAAGAGGCUAAAGGGAUGAACGGAUCGAGCGGACGAACGGAGAACUCGUCGAAACUUUCUCAAACUUUCGACAAUCGUCGAAAUUAUGCCAUUGAAACCGUUCGUUUGAUUUUAUUGGGUUACGCAAUAGUUCCAUGUUGGGGGUCAACGAUGCCGAUAGAACAGAAACACGAGACUCCUAUGCACAAGGUGGAGCUCACUCAGAAGGGAUACAUUCAGUUUCUACGAUGGGAGCUGCCAGUGCCGGAGUUGACGGAGUUCACCUUCUGCCUGUGGAUGCAAUCGAAUGAUCUAACUCACUCUCAUCCCAUAUUCUCCUACUCGAAAGACGAGCGAGAGCGACUGGUACGAUCGUGGAUAGCGCCACAUGGCAGGAGCAUUCACCUUGAGAUAGGAGGAAAACAGGUGCUCGCGAUGCCGACCAAUAUUCUAGAGAAUCGAUGGUACCAUUUCUGUCUCAGUUGGGAGAACCAGGCCGGGCUUUAUGGACUCUGGAUCAACGGCCAGCUCUGGGCUCAAGGUCAUUCCGAUCAGACGAUAGGACAGAGGAUCCCUAGUGGAGGAGACAUCGUGCUGGGCCAGGAGUACACGGACUUUGACAAAGGGCUGGAGGACGGUAUCGAGGGUUCUGUAUUGGGCUUCAACCUUCUUCUAGCUUCGGCUUUCGAUAACCCGCACACAGACUACCAGCUCGAAGCCUCCUACGAUUCGACUCGGGUGUCCACCUCGAGUUACGCCACGGUUCCGCUUUUUGCGAGGAUUCCAACGAAACUGAUGCAACGCGCCAUCGAUUAUGGAACGCGAACGAGAACGCCUUACACAUUCCUGCCGACUAAUUCCAAUAAACUUCGAGGACGUGGCUACGACAAGAACGCCGUGUCUCUGCCUCUGCUGACCGGCACAGCUAAAUCCAUCUCUUCUGGAACGACCGACCCAUGGCGCGAUGCUACGAGCUUAGAACUGUCCAGGUUGCAAGAUCAACCUCUAGGACUGCAAUUGAUAACAUUGUCGUACACACACUGUGAAAUUGGUAGAGGAAGUCCUUACAUCGGUGGUAAGCUGAUGUUGAUCUCGUGGACCAGAACUGCGGUUCGUAUUUUUGGUGGAGCUUUGUUGAAGAACGUUGCCAGCGAUUGUGGCAAUUUCUAAGAAUUUGCAGCAGCAGCUCUCUCACACUGUACGAUAGAAUCGAAAUUGCUGUAGACACAGCCAGUAACCACGUUUUCGAACGUAGAGAAAGCGUUUAAAUUUAAAGAGUGGGGCAUCCGACUGGAGUUGUAAGGUCGUCGUCGCCAAUAUGAACAUACGCAUAUGUAUUAUAUGCGCGUGAAAGAUGGAACAUUGGUGUAAACGUAUUUACAUGUAAUGUCACAGUUACUCGUCGUAUCGAAGUUCCAACGUCUCUGUAUUUAUAU